ACAAAAAACCAACUUCUCACCGAUCCCUCCGUCCUCUUCCUCCUUCUCCAUCCACAGCUCCUUCCUCAUGCCAACAGAUCAAUACUCCCAAACAGAUUAUCUCCUCCUCCUCCAUCAACACAUCCAAAAUUUCAAUACCAAUCUAUUUCAAAUCAACCUUCGCCAUUACCAAACUUUACUUCUGACAGCCGACGACCUUCUCCGCCAAAAAGAAGCCAAAUCGAAGCAGCUCCAGCUUCAAAACCUAGCUUUGCAGCAGAAGCUCCGUUCCGUUAUUCUUCAGAACCAGCAAUUAUGUUCCAUGGCUCGCCGGAGCGAGGCGGCGGCUUCUGCGCUCAGGGUUAGUCUUCAGAAUGUUAUAAUACAGAACGAGGCGGCGGCGAGGGAGAGAGAAGGGUUUGGAGAUAGUGGAGAGGUCGGAGAAGAAGAGUCUUGUUGUGAAGGAAAAGAGGAAAUGGAAGUUUCUAGAUUUAAGUGUAGGGUUUGUGGGGAGAGAGAAGUUUCGAUCUUGUUGAUUCCUUGUAAUCAUCUUUGUGUCUGUGGAGACUGUGAGGAGCUCGUUACAGAAUGCCCUUCUUGCCGGUUAACUAAGCGGGGU